ACCCCUCCCCGCUCGGUCCCUCCCUCCCUCCGCCCGCGGCUCGGCUCGCGGGAGGCGCAGGGCGCCGGGGCUGGCGCGCUCUCCCGGGCGCGCACACACACACACACACACGCGCGCGCGCACAUACACACACGCACACACACACACACACACACACACACACACACACGGAUCCACGCACGCACGCCCAGGGCAGCUGUCUCCGCCGUGGCGGGCGCUCCUCUCGCCCAUGCGGACGGACGGAGCCCGGGAAGAUGGCUGACGACUCCUUCGGGCCCCGAGGAUGCAGCCCGGCGGCGGCGGCGGCCACGGGAACGGCGGCGGCGGCACCGGCGGCGGCGGCAGCAGGAGCAGCGGCGGCGGCGGCAGGAGCGGCGGCGGCGGCGGCGGCAUCCCCGAGGCUCCCCGGGCUCCCCUUCCCCGUGACGGCCACUGACGGUCUCCGCCGCUAGAAGAGAGACCCCGCUCCUCCCCUCGCCUGCCUCCCCCCCCCACCUCCUCCCCUCCUCCCCUCCCUCCCAGCCCCGGGACCCGCCAGCACCGCUACCUCUGCCAGCGCUGCCACCAUCAGCACCACCUCCACCUCCGCCACCGCCGCCGCCGCCGCCGCCACCACCGCCGGCGGCGGCAGCAGCCAUUUCAUCUCCACAGAAACCAGACACAAAAACAUGGCAGAAAUGGAGAAAGAAGGGAGACCUCCGGAAAAUAAGAGGAGCCGGAAACCGGCUCACCCCGUGAAGAGGGAGAUCAACGAGGAGAUGAAGAACUUCGCAGAAAACACCAUGAAUGAACUCCUUGGCUGGUACGGCUAUGACAAGGUUGAAUUAAAAGAUGGUGAAGACAUUGAGUUCAGAAGCUACACCACUGAUGGGGACAGCCGGCAGCACAUUUCUGUUCUCAAAGAAAAUUCUUUGCCAAAACCAAAAUUACCGGAGGACAGUGUUAUUUCAUCGUACAAUAUAAGCACAGGCUAUUCAGGCCUUGCCGCCGGGAACGGACUCAGUGACUCACCUGCAGGGUCAAAGGACCAUGGCAAUGUGCCUAUUAUUGUACCUUUAAUUCCACCACCUUUCAUAAAGCCUCCGGCAGAAGAUGAUGUGUCAAAUGUACAAAUAAUGUGUGCCUGGUGCCAGAAAGUGGGGAUCAAGCGCUAUUCCCUGAGUAUGGGAAGCGAGGUGAAAAGCUUCUGCAGUGAGAAGUGCUUUGCCGCCUGCCGGAGAGCCUACUUCAAGAGAAACAAGGCUAGAGAUGAAGAUGGACGUGCUGAAACUUUCCCCCCGCAGCACUAUGCUAAGGAAACUCCAAGGCUUGCCUUCAAGAAUAACUGCGAACUACUUGUAUGUGACUGGUGUAAGCACAUAAGGCAUACAAAAGAAUACCUGGAUUUUGGGGACGGGGAAAGAAGGCUUCAGUUCUGCAGCGCAAAAUGUCUCAAUCAAUACAAAAUGGACAUUUUCUACAAAGAGACACAGGCCAACCUUCCAGCUGGGCUGUGCAGCACGCUACACCCUCACAUGGAGAGUAAAGCAGAAGGCACCGGGGUGCAGCUGCUCACCCCAGACUCUUGGAAUAUCCCCCUAACAGAUGCUCGGAGGAAGGCCCCCUCCCCCGUGGCUGCAGCUGGCCAAAGCCAGGGCCCCGGCCCGUCCUCAUCCACCACCGUCUCUCCGUCCGACACUGCCAACUGCUCCGUCACUAAAAUCCCCACGCCGGUGCCCAAGUCACUCCCCAUCGGCGAGACUCCGAGCAUGCCUCCCGUCUCCGUCCAGCCACCCGCUAGCAUCGGACCUCCGCUGGGAGUCCCGCCUCGCAGUCCUCCCAUGGUGAUGACCAACCGCGGCCCGGUGCCGCUGCCCAUCUUCAUGGAGCAGCAGAUCAUCCAGCAGAUCCGCCCGCCCUUCAUCCGCGGGCCGCCGCACCACGCCUCCAACCCCAACAGCCCCCUGUCCAACCCCAUGCUCCCGGGCAUUGGGCCCCCGCCAGGCGGCCCCAGGAACCUGGGCCCCACCUCCAGCCCCAUGCACCGGCCCAUGUUAUCGCCCCACAUCCACCCCCCAAGUACCCCGACCAUGCCCGGGAACCCCCCGGGGCUGCUGCCCCCGCCGCCCCCGGGCGCACCCUUGCCCAGCCUUCCCUUCCCUCCAGUCAGCAUGAUGCCAAACGGCCCGAUGCCAGUGCCCCAGAUGAUGAACUUCGGGCUGCCGUCGCUGGCCCCGCUGGUGCCACCCCCUACGCUGCUUGUGCCGUACCCGGUGAUCGUGCCCCUGCCGGUGCCCAUCCCCAUCCCCAUCCCCAUCCCCCACGUCAACGACUCCAAGCCCCCCAACGGGUUCUCCAGCAACGGAGAGAGUUUCGUCCCGAGCGCCCCGGGAGACCCGUCGGACAAAGGGGGAGGCAAGGCCGGCGGACGCUCCCUGUCCCCUGGGGACCCCAAGCAGGGCUCGUCCAAGCCAGCCGACUCCCCACCGGGGAGCUCCGGCCAGGCCCUGAGCCUGGCGCCCUCGGAACGCGGCCGCGGGGACGUGGUGGACCUGACCCGGCGCUCCGGGAGCCCCGCGGGCGCGGGGGGCCGGGCCGACCUGGCGGGCCCGCAGGACGGCGUCAUCGACCUGACGGUGGGCCACCGGGCCCGGCUGCACAACGUGAUCCACCGCGCGCUGCACGCCCACGUCAAGGCCGAGCGCGAGCCGGGCGCCGCCGAGCGCACGGAGCGCAGGACCUGCGGCGGCUGCAGGGACGGCCACGGCAGCCCGCCUGCCGCCGGCGACCCGGGCCCGGGCGCCCCCGCGGGCCCGGAGGCCGCCGCCGCCGCCGCCGCCUGCAACGUCAUCGUCAACGGCACCCGCGGGGCCGCCCCGGCCGAGGCCAAGGGCGCCGAGCCCCCGCCCGAGCAGCCGCCGCCGCCGCCGCCGCCGCCGCCGCCCCCGCCCCCGGCCCCUCCCAAGAAGCUGCUGUCCCCCGAGGAGCCCGCCGUGAACGAGCUGGAGUCGGUCAAGGAGAACAACUGCCGCCUGGACGGCGAGGCGACCAAGAAGCUCCUGGGGGAGGAGGCCCUGGUCGGGGGCGACAAGUCGGACCCGAACCUCAAUAACCCCGCCGACGAGGACCACGCCUACGCCCUGCGGAUGCUGCCCAAGACCGGCUGCGUGAUCCAGCCCGUGCCAAAACCCGCGGAGAAGGCUGCCAUGGCGCCGUGCGUCAUCUCCUCGCCCUUGCUCGGCGCGGGCCCCGAGGACCUGGAGCCGCCGCUCAAACGGAGGUGCCUCCGAAUUAGAAACCAGAAUAAGUAAAAAAAAAAAAAAGAAAACCAAAAACCAAAAAAAAAAAAAAAAAAAAAAAAACAAAAAAACAAAAAAAAAAAAAAAAAGAAAGAAAAGGUUUGUAUGUCCGCCCGGGUCGCCCCUCCUGGGGCCGGUGGCCCUCGCCUUGCUUCUUGGAGGGCAGGGGCCAGCACCGUCCUGUCCCUUACCUGUUCCAUCGCGCCCUCCCUGUGGCCGGGUGUCAUCCUGGCUGUGUCUUAGAGCGCAUCAUGCCCCGUUUACAGCCGAGAGGCACUGAGAGCCAAGAUCGCUCGAGCCCUUGAACCUGGGUUCAAACCACACGCUCUUUUGUUACACGUCAUUUUCCUCUUUGGGGGUCCAUACCUAGUUUACCCCCACUGGAAAAGGGGGCGUGGGAAGGAAGGUUCCUUGGGGGAUCUUAGCGCUCGCCCACGAGGUCGCAGGGCGGUAUUAAAAUGCCUGGGGACACCCACAAGCUGGGAAACAUCUAGAGCUGGUGGUCUCCUUGGCAGACUGUCAUUCUGGCUUGUCAAGAAGACGGUAGCCGUGGGCUGAGAUUGAGACUCAGUGGCUGAGCUGGUGAGAAUCACUUCUACAUGAAGACCUUGAUGAAGCGGGAGGGUACACCUCUGAUCAUAUAUGAUUUCUGAAGCCCACUUAAUACCCAGUGAGCCACGGAGGGUGAGUCCAAGGCUUCUCUGAGAUGGAGAAGCACACAGGAGCCACUUUCGUGAGUCCUGCCAGUCCCAGGAGAGUAGGCGUCAGUAGCACGCUACCAGGAAGGAAGCUGUGGCUGAGAGAUUUUUUACUCUCUCAGAACUGGUCAGUGGGUGGACUGAGUGUCCACCCAAACUCAGAACGGGAGCUUUCCCAUCUACCCAAGCGGGCAACAAGCCAAAACUUGGGUCGUUUAUUAACUAUUUAUGGAAAGGGAAAGAGUAAUGUGCUUUCCUCCACCUAACCUGACCGCUGCUCCUUCCGGGGUCUGGGGACACACAGAAGAAUGUGCUACUGGCCUGCAUCAGAGCAGGUGUGGUCCUAUGGUGUGGCGGGUAAACCCAGGCAGAAAGGAGACCUGGGGGAGAGGAAGCAGGAAGAGUGUUUUUCACACUGUGUGCAGGCUCUUCUGUGUGUUUUUCACUAGCAUUUCUUUGGAGCUAGAUCCGUGGAACAAUUAUUUUCAUUCUCUUGGUGGAAGAAACAGGAUUGGGGAACUGGUCCAAGAUUGCCUAACCUGUGAGCAGAGCUGUGAUUCAGAUCCAAGUUGUGAGCUCCAGAGCUGUAUUUCUGCUCAAGCACUGUAGGAGAAUCAGCUAAGAACUUUCUCCAUCACUGUAUUUUAUAAAAAUCAUCUUAUUGCUUUGGGGGAAAGUUUAUAAAACACAACAAGACUCUACUUACCAACUUCCUCAUUUUUUCAUUCUCGUUUCCUAGCCCCAGACACAAUCCUAGACCAGCAACCUGUUGCUUCAUAGUAGGGAUGUGGGCACCUCACUUAUCAGCCGGAGGCCUGAGUGGCUGCUUUGAGAAUCUUUUCUCGGCCACCGUGGUUUGAGGUCUCCCUUUCUACUGUCGGCUUUGCCAGCAGGAGCAUAACACCGGAAGUGAGGUCAUCAUUGCUUCCCAGUUAGCUCCAUGAUCUCUUCCUUCUAAAGGCAGGUAGCCUCAGCCUUCCAGCAGGCAUCCCAACUGAAAACGCCCCAGAUAAUUUAAUCUGCUUGACAGUGCUUUAAGUGACAGAUUAAUAAUGAGUGACCCUCCCACCCCGAAAAGUUUGCACCUCCAGAAAGCACUGUGAAUUGUCACUUACACAUACACACACACACACACACACACAAGAAUGGGAGGGUGAAAGAUCUCGCUGCCGUGACUGUGAUAAGAAGUGACCAGGACAGGAAAAGUGAUGCUCCCCUAGCAGUACCCGAAGGCCAGAAGAUCAUUAAAAGCCUAAGCUGUGUGAAUGGCUGUUUGGGUGAUCUGUGUUUCUGAAUGAGCAAUCGGGUGAGGGUCUUGUCUGUAGAUCAUCAUCACUAGUAAAAAUGUUAGCUCGGAAUUCGCCAAUUCCAGGAGGUGCUGUGACCAGAUUGCCUCUUAGCUCUUGCGAUGGGAGAGUCCUUUUUAUGGUGGGUCUCCCAAGAAGUUACAGCCCUUUCUGAAAGUCGGAAAUGGGUUUUGUGGGCUGCAGAGAGGAGGCAAGGCAAGAGAUUGAAGAAGGGGGCCCAGGCCUCCAGUAAGUCAGCACAGCCCCGACGUAGGUCACUGGACCCACCCAUGUCACCUCACAGCACAGCCCCCCACCUGCUAUAAUUCACUCUCUGGCCUCUCUGAUUUCCUGGGCACCGGAAGUGUUGUCUUUGCUCUAACCUUCAGGAACUCAGUCUGGUCACAUGGUUGGGGAAAUUGGAAAUAGCAUCUAUUCACUAAAGAGUGAGUAUCUUUUGGGCCCUAAGUAGUAAAUACUCCUUUGGCAACAAGUUAAAUCCAAAACAAAGGCAUUAAAAUCACAAACCAAGGAACAUGCCUCUGGGGGCUAAGGGCUUGUCUCACAGGCACAAGGAUCCCCAACACCCAUGUGAAAGUGACAUGUCAUGGGCAUACCUGUAAAUCCAGGCUCUGGGAGUCAAAGACAGUGUCCUUGUGUAGGCCUUACCAGACACCCAGCAUAGCUAAGUCAACUGCCUCACCUUUUCCAUACCGCACUGUGGUUUUAAAAAAUACAUUCCAAAAUUGGCAAGCCAGCUACACUUGUCUUCAGAGAACUCUUUCUAACACCUUUGUUAGCUCUUUGCAAAUUGCAGCUUCCCUGUCCCAUUUUGGAAUUAUUCUGUUCCUGCUUUUCUGACUUUAUUCAUUCUUGUUUGUUCAUAUGGCUACAAAUGAUUCUGAUGGGCAGAUGUUUCUCCCAUAUGCAGAACUGAUUAAGUUUAGCUGAAGAUGUUUAAAAGGUUGUAAACUCCCUUUAAUCUUCAAUGUUUAAAGCUCAGAAUACACCAGUCCUGCUGCUUCAGUAGCAAAAAAAAAAAAAAAAAAAAAAAAAAAAAAAAUCCCCAAAUAAUAAGGAAAACAAUGUAUAAACACCAUCCAAACUAUUCUCUCCACAAAGAAUUCCAUUUAUAAAUGGAAUAGUCUCUUCCUUGCCAAUGCCUGGAAGCUUUGUGGGUCACUGUUUGGAUUCAAACGUUUUCCAAAUUCCUGCAGUUUACACUUAUUUGUGGUACAUUGAGGAGUUUAGAGCAACCGUGCGUAAGAUAUUCAAAGAAAACAUUCCCACUCCUCAGCUUUCCAGGGAAAUGA